GGUCUUUGAGAUGCUAAACUUGGUGAAAUACAUCGGGUAAACUAUUAACCUUUGGUGUGGUGAAAUAACUUCUCAAUAAGCACACAUACACAUGGAUGUGUGUGACUGUGUGCAGAUCAACGGUUAAUAAUCACUCGAUGUAUUUCACCGAAUGUAGCAUCAAACAAACCGUGUUGUAAUAGAGCAAAUGAAAUUGGGCACUUUCACCAUACAUACAUUAAACCCCAAACAAGGGACUCUACUAUUUAACCCCUUUUUAUAGGCCGAAAAGAAGAAAGAGAAAAAAAAAGUGAAAUUGGGGUUAAAUUAAUUGUGUGCUGUGUGUGUGAGUGAAUAGUAUGGCAAUAAAGCCAACCAACGAAGUAACGUCAGUAUGAUCACAAGCUUUUUCUGAAAGCGCACACACAGUCACUCUCUUAAAUGACUGUUAGCUCUCAAUCAUCCAUGGAUCAAACCUAGGGUUUUUCUCUCAAUCUCUCUCUCCUAAAUAACCACAACUCGCCGAUUUCGCCGAUCCGGAUAGUCUCCGUUCAUCACUCCUCGUUUUUUGUGCCGCCGCCGCCGCUGCCGCAUCCCCUAAUGCCACCCGCCGCCGCCAUCCGGAAACGGUGACUGAAGAACUCAUGGAGGAGUCAGCGUUGAAGCUGCUGCAUUAGGAGUUCGCUUUGGGUACCGGACACUGAUUCGUCGACUGCCGGAAGUUGCGCCGGAGAGCAUGAGCUGGAUUUGGAGAUGGACCCGAAAAUUAGCGCUGAAUUCUCAACUAGUUCUUGUGAAGAAAAGGAGAUGAUUGCCAGUUCUACUACAUCAGUACAAUUGGACAAAGUACACGAAGAAAAUAAUUGUAUCAAAGAAGAAAAAAGUCCCUCAGAUUCUGCCUUAGCAUCUGCCUCAAACCUUGGUUCAGGAACAAGCUUAAUUCAGGGAGACGAAACUGUAAGUAAAGCGGAGGGUACAGUGGUCAAUCCAUCCUUUAGUAAAGCUGAUAAAGCAAGAAGAUCCUCACUUCAUUUAAACAGUCCUUCCGGCAAGAGGAAAGGGAAGGUGGAUUGGACACCGGAGCUGCACAAGCAGUUUGUUCAAGCAGUGGAACAACUUGGCGUGGACAAGGCUGUGCCUUCCAAGAUUCUCGAGUUAAUGGGAAUCGAUUGUCUUACUCGUCAUAAUAUUGCUAGCCAUCUUCAAAAAUAUCGAUCCCAUCGGAAACAUAUGCUAGCUCGAGAAGCAGAGGCAGCAACCUAUAGCCGGAAGCGGCAUAUAUAUGGAACCACCGGCAAAACUGAAAAGAGUAAUGUCAAUUCUUGGGUAGUACCGACCACAAGAUUCCCUCCAGUGACAUCAGCGCCUAGUUUUAGACCCUUGCAUGUAUGGGGUCAUCCAUCUACAGACCAAUCGUUGGUGUACAUGUGGCCUACUCAUACGGCUUCUUUACCAUCUCCUCCUUCGUGGGCCCCACCUCAUCACGUGGACCCUUCUUUUUGCUACUACCACCCCCACCUACAAGAAGUUCCAGUACCAGGAAUGCCUUGCUUUCCGCAGCAUUUCCCUCCCGCGAGGUUUCCACCUACGUACACGCACAGCGUAGCACCCAGCAUUGGCGUCCCAAUCGCGCCCACGGAGCAAACAGUGCCGCAGUUGCCAUUUGACUCUCACCAGCAAUCUAAGGAGAGCAUAGACGCAGUGAUCGGAGAUGUAUUAUCAAAGCCAUGGCUGCCGCUGCCACUUGGAUUGAAACCCCCGUCUAUUGAUAGUGUGAUGAUGGAACUGCAACAUCAAGGUGUAUCGAAAAUACCCCCUUCCUGUGCUUAAGUAGCCGUGUUAGGUGCUCUCGUUUUUUGCUGCUUCUUUUUUUUAUGCCAAUAAUAGCAACAUUGAUCGUUUUAUUGCAUUUGGUGUCGGGUGUCGUGUUUUAUUUCACUGAUGUACGCCGAAUGUGUAGCAAUGAAAUGAAUAAUACACAUAUGCUGUGUAUUAGAUAAACGAAAUACAAGAUGCAAUAGAGGAUUCAAAUCACGACAACGUAACCCCUCUAUUUAUGUGUAUAUUUUAAUAUCCAGUUUUGUAAAUUGUUUUCGGUUCCUUUUUCGGUAUCUCUUAGCUGGCUCCAAGAGUGUAGAUCGGAAGAGUAUUUAGGUUGCGUUUGGAUGGAAGGAUUUGAGUCGAUGAUUUAGAAUUUGUAAUUAGAAAUUCAUUGAGCCAACUAACAGUGCACUAUGUAUGAACUAUGAAGUGUGUGUGUUAACUUCUAGUUUCAUAUUUGAGAAUUUAAAAAUAA